AUGUUGGUGAAAAUCUGUUGGAUCGUAUGUUUCCUCCUUGCGUCUGUGGCAGCUCUCCAUCCUAAGGUUGUCAGUGCCUCUGACCAAAACGAUUGCUUGCAAAGUACUGCAAAAACAACUGAACCUGGAGCUCGAAAACAACACUUCAACAGGGGGAUAUCAAAUGGGUCCGGUUUUCUCUUUGCUUCGCAGAAGACUAAUUUCAAAAACCGUGGAUCCAAAUCAGCCGGAAUGCGAAAUAGAAUCAUGAAGGACCUUGCUGUUUUAAAAAUGAAAUUCUCUGACAAGGAUGAAGUUUCAGUCCGGUGGACAAUCGACGUGAACACUCCAGACGUUCCUACUGCUUCAGCUACGAGAAAGAUCAAGGUGCAGUUGCCCCUAAAAAUAAUCUUUAUGAAAAGCAACCAGCUCGUUUCAUGAAGCUUUAAAGUGAAGAGCCGAAGUUCGAGCGUGAUGCGAAGUUUAACUGAAGCCCAUCGGAAUGGCCAAAAUUCAGGAUGGCCUUCAAUUCUUGGCAAAUUGUAUUGUAGAAUGUAACGCUUCAAGUUGAUCCUCUCGGAAAAUAAUCCAGGCUUCCAAAUUGUAAGAAUCCCUCACUCAAGUUCAGCACCAUGGU